UUACCAGAACCACUCUGUGUGCUCGGACAGCGCCGAGGAGGAAUCACCCUCAUGGUAAACGGCAUUAAAGAGAACCAAAUCCUCUGAACUGGGAAAAAAAAAAAACAAAACAGUGCAAAGAUGCCAUCCAGGAAGAAAGCCUCCAUGUUUGCCUCUUCUUUUUGUACCUGUGUGUGCUCCUUCGUGCUGAUCUGCGUGGUGCUGGCCACCCCGCAGUGGGUGAGCAGCCAGGUCCGCUUCUCGGGCACCAUCUCCAACGUCACCAUCAGCCUCAGGUACGGCCUCUUCACAGCUACCUGUGAGCAGUUCGUGGAGGCAGGAAUCCAGGUCACGGAAGACACCUUCCAAGUGGCGGAUGCCCUGGGCAGUGGCAGCAGCAGGAGCCUCAACAUCGCCACCAUCGCCCUGCUGGUGCUGGCCCUGCUCAGCUCCCUGCUCAGCGCCGGCUUCACCUGCACCAACGCCGUCAGCAACCCCUACCAGACAUUCCUGGGAGCCGUGGGAGUCUACACCUGGAAUUCCGCCUGUGGAGUCCUCAUCCUCUUAGCCAUGAUCCUGUUCCCUGUGAAUGUGGAAGGAAACAGGCUGUCUGAAGAUCUGGCCCGUGGAGGAUGUUCCAUCCCUCUGCAGACAGCCCUUGGAUCCAAACACAACUAUGGAUAUUCCUACUGGAUCAUGCUGCUCAUCCUUUUCCUCAACAUUGCUUCUUUCAUCAUCAUCUAUUUCUAUGACCACGCCAGAUAUUCCAAGAAGAAAGAGCAGGAAAGACCCAUUGAAAAUGCACCAAAGGAUGUUAUUCUGUUUUAAGGACACCUUGGACAAGGGGGUGUGAAGGAAAAUGAUUUUAGUGUGGACAGCAAAUUUCUGUUUGCUCUGAACCGUGGGCACACUUCAAUUCCCAGAUUGUUUUGAGGACACAAAACCACUUUUGGGUUUAGCUGCUGUGAUGGGCUGAGCAGGAAGAUCAAAGCCAUUGUUUUAAUUAAAUCCCCACUAGUGUGGGGUUUGGGAUCUGGAGGGACACAGACUGCAAACACCUGGAUCCCUUGGGAUCAGAAAUGGUCCCUGAGCUGCUGCUGCUCCCUUUUCUCCUUGCUCUCCUCAGGGAUCUCCUGCAGGUCUGGAGGCUCCUGGGCACGGGAGCACUUGUGGCCAAAAUCCCUGGAGAGAUGUCACAGCCCUGUGGAGGUGGCACCUGGGGACACAGGCAGUGCUGAGGAAUGCUUGGACUCGAUGGAUUUUCCAACCUGAAUGAUUCAACAAUUCCAUGACAGCAGAGAAAACCCCCUGCCUGCAGGUUAUGAAUGCACAGAAAAUCCCGUUUGACCUUUGAGCAGUGCCAAGAGCAAAGGGCAGAGCCACCCCUGGGGCAGGUGUGCCCAGCCCCUCUCCACUCCUCUCUGCCUGGCACAAAGUGCCCCCAGCUGGGUUAUCAGAGCUGAUUUCUGCCCAGGGCCAUCCCUUUGCCCAGUUUAAGGAGCAUUUCGUGUGCUCACAAGGACUGCAGAACUGCCCAGGAGUGGGGGAACUCCCUUCUCGUUCCUCCCAGGAAUGGCACCUUGGGGCAGAUCCAAAGUGCAAAAUCCUGCUCAGAGCACGUGUGCACCGUGGUCAGAACUGCUGCUCCUUUGCCCCUCACCUCUGCAGCCUGCAGAGACUUUUUUAUUCCUUUAAAAAGAAAAAAAAAACCUCCUUUUCCUUUCCAGUGUGACUUUUCAGUCAUGCUCCAUAUCUGUCCUGUGAUACAAGAGGUGCUUGUGGAGAUAAAAAAGCAUUUUGAAGAGGGGAUGAGGAGACACAAGAGGUGAAUCCUCACUAUUUAUGUCAGAAAAAGAAAGUUUGGAGAUGAAAGCA